AUGGCGCCUUGGCACUCUACUAGCUGAGAUACAGUCAAAACGAAGGCAACUGACAAGAGCUACAGGACAGAACCCGUCUAUCAACAGGGACAACAGCAAUUAUGGUUAACACUAGAAAGAGCUCGGAGCACAAGGCCUCCAGACCCUUCGUCUUGGGCCGGACGCGGUCGUCUCAGAGGAACAACCCAAACUUGGACGAACACAACAGCUCUGUAAGGAAGAGAGAGACACCGGCUCCUUAUUCUCUUCGCCAGCCGAAGGAGACCAGCAGUGAUGUUAACAGCAGUAGCCCAUGUUUGUCCCCACCGCCCAAGCGGACACGCAGGCAGACACCCCCGAGUUCAACAGACACUUCCCCAAGCCCCAAGAGUAAAGGCCAGAGAGGCACAUGGAACAUGCCCAGACACUGUACCAGGUUGUCCACUGGUGCCUUGCAGAAUGGACACCGCCGAAUGAACCUGCGGGGUGAUACUAGAUCAGAUGGGGACCACGGUCACAUGAACGGUCAUGUUGAGCUCAAAAGAAGCCGCCGGGUCAGAAAGAGCCAAUUUGAACACCUCAAUCAGAGUUUACUUUUCGACCAGCUUGUCAACAGUACGGCAGAAGCAGUUCUUCAAGAAAUGGACAACAUCAGCAGCAUUCGGCAGAAUCGGGAAUUGGAGCGCCUUCGCAUGUGGACGGACACUGAACUGGAAAACAUGGACAUGUACUCCCGCGUGAAGAGGAGGAAAUCGAUGCGGAGGAACACAUUUGGAAUGCAGACGCAUCACAAAUCCCUCAACAAAUCGAAGGACCCUGAAGAGGAUGAUGGAACUGAAGAGUCUCAAGAUGAGGAAGAGGAGGAUGAAGAUGUAGAGGCAGAUGACGAUGAUGAUGGAGACGAGGCCGAAGAAGCUGGAGAGGAAAACGACAGACCUUAUAACCUCAGGCAGCGUAAAACUGUGCAGCGUUAUGAAGCUCCCCCAAUAGAACCAGUGAACAGGAGGCAAAGCAAGGGCAGUCUCUUUGAUACACACAGAUCUCCUGCAAGAAGAAGCCAUAUUAGAAUAAAGAAACAUGCAAUUCACAGUAGUGAAUCAACAUCAUCAUCUGAUGAAGAGCGUUUUGAGAGGCGGAAAAGCAAAAGCAUGAGCAGAGCUCGUAACAGGUGUCUACCUAUGAACCUGCGUGCAGAGGAUCUGGCCAGCGGUGUACUUCGGGACCGUGUAAAAGUGGGUGCCAGUUUGGCAGAUGUGGAUCCCAUGAAUCUUGACAUUUCUGUGAAGUUCGACAGUGUUGGAGGUCUUACCCAUCAUAUCCAGUCUUUGAAAGAGAUGGUUGUGUUUCCUCUACUAUAUCCAGAAGUGUUUGAGAAGUUUAAAAUCCAGCCCCCAAGAGGAUGCCUAUUCUAUGGGCCUCCAGGAACAGGUAAGACACUGGUGGCACGGGCUUUGGCUAAUGAAUGCAGUCAGGGGGACAGGAAGGUGUCUUUCUUCAUGCGCAAGGGUGCUGACUGCCUCAGCAAAUGGGUGGGAGAGUCUGAACGACAGCUCCGCCUACUUUUUGACCAGGCAUACCUCAUGAGACCCUCCAUCAUCUUCUUUGAUGAGAUUGAUGGUCUCGCUCCUGUGCGCUCCAGCAGACAGGAUCAAAUUCACAGCUCCAUAGUGUCCACAUUACUGGCAUUGAUGGAUGGUUUGGACAGUCGGGGGGAGAUAGUGGUCAUCGGUGCUACUAACAGACUAGACUCUAUCGACCCCGCACUCAGGAGGCCCGGGCGCUUUGACCGGGAAUUUCUGUUCAACCUGCCCGAUAAAAAGGCUCGAAAGCACAUUCUAGAAAUCCACACCAGGGACUGGAACCCCAAGCUAGCAGAACCUUUCAUAGAUGAGCUAGCCGAGAAAUGUGUGGGUUACUGUGGGGCCGACAUCAAAGCACUUUGCACAGAGGCUGCGUUAGCGGCUCUGCGGCGGUGCUAUCCUCAAAUCUACGGCAGCAGCCAGUGUUACAAGCUGGACGUGGGCUCCAUUGUUUUGGGGCCACAAGACUUUGGACGUGCCCUGCGCUCCAUAGUACCUGCAGGCCAGAGGGCCCUUGCCCCGCCUGGUCAUGCUCUCUCCUGCGUGUUGAGGCCCUUGCUGGGGCCCACGCUGGACCAAACGCUAGCCUGUCUGAUGCGAGUCUUCCCCCAUGCAGAGCCUCUGCACAGGGAACACACACACGACACUGACAAUCAUCUGUUGGUGGAGGACUCAUACAGCGAGGAUGAGGAGUGUCUUGGUGCUCCCUCUAUAUAUGAAAAUCAGUCAGGAUCCCCGAAGAAAGCAGCUUCCUCAAUGUCGCAUAAACCCUUUCUCCACUUUACCACUUCCGCCUAUCAGAAGCCAACCUCUUACCGGCCACGGCUGAUGCUCACGGGGCCUCAGGGUGCGGGGCAGAGCACACACCUGGCCCCUGCAGUGCUGUAUCACCUGGAGAAGUUCACUGUGCACAAUCUCGACCUUCCCACAUUGUACUCAGUCAGUGCCAAAACCCCCGAGGAGUCCUGCGCUCAGGUGUUUCGUGAGGCACGGCGGUGUGUCCCUAGCGUGAUCUACAUGCCUCACAUCAGUGACUGGUGGGAAGCCAUCAGUGAGACGGUAAAGAGCACCUUUCUCACACUGCUGCAGGAUGUGCCCUCAUUCACCCCGCUCCUCAUCCUAUCUACAGCAGAGACUGUCUACCAGCAGCUCCCAGACGAGCUCAAGUGCAUCUUCAGUCAUUCAUAUGGGGAGGUGGUUUGUUUAACCACACCAGGGGAGGAAGCUCGCAGGAGAUUCUUUUCUGACCUCAUUCUGGUGCAGGCAGCAAAGGCGCCACCCCGCAGGAGAAAAACAGUGUGCAAUCUGGAGGUGCUGCCCCUCGCUGAGGACCCCGGCCCUCGACAGCUCUCUCCAGAGGAGCAGAGGCGACUGGUUGAGCAGGAGGACAACACCUUGCGUGAGCUCCGCCUCUUUCUCAGGGACGUCACAAAGCGGCUUGCCACUGACAAGCGCUUCCUCAUCUUCAGCAAGCCCGUAGAUAUUGAAGAGGUGUCGGACUACCUUGAGGUUAUCAAGCAACCUAUGGAUCUGUCCACCAUCAUGAUGAAGAUCGACACUCACAAGUACAUAGUGGCCAAGGAUUUUCUAGCGGACAUUGACCUCAUAUGCAACAACGCGUUAGAAUACAAUCCAGACAAGGACCCGGGAGAUAAAAUCAUCCGCCACAGGGCCAGCAGCCUGAAGGACACUGCGCACGCCACGAUUGCCUCAGAGCUGGACCCAGAGUUUGACCGCAUGUGUGAGGAUAUCAAGGAAUCCCGCAGCAAGAGAGGGUCUCAGACCACACCGCAGCCGCCUGUCACUCCAAGUGCUGUGGCGACCGGAAAGCCUACAGGAGAAGAGGUGGUGUUAAGCAGUUCUCAGGGUGAUGGAGUGGACAAGCACUGCAGCAAUAACAUAAAGCGCAAAUUGCGGAGGAGACCAAUAUGGGGGCGGGGCAUCAUCAGGAAGAAAAAAACGUAUAAGAAGGAGGAUGCAGAGGAGGAUGAAGACCCAGAUGAGGAGGAGGGGGCAGAUGACUCCACUACAACAGCACAAGGUGACACUUGUCUCACUCAGGACGAGUCUUCCUGUGACAUCAUGGAGCUCCAUCCUAACAAACACCCACUGCAGGCCAACGGACAUGCCAUCUCCACAGAGGAGGAGAAUUCCUGUGAGCCAACAACUGCUCCAGACUCUCAGGGCCAAGAUGAGACCAACCAGACCUCCAUGGGGGAGGCUUCCAGCGGUAAGGAGCUGACAGAAGCCCCUGCGGUCCCUGCUCCUCAGGAGUGUGUGAAUGGAGACGAGUCUAUGGACAGUGUGGACAGUGAGGCCCAUGGUAAAGAAACAGAGGGAGGUGAAAGCAAAGUGACUGCAAAUAUGGGCUCUAUUAAAGGAAUUGCACUUGAGGAGAAACCAGCAGAGCAGAAAAAAUCGUCUGCCCCAGAAUGCAAUGCAAAGGAGACUGUGACUGCAGUGGAGGGAACGUUGUGUGAUGGAGAACAUGAAAAAGAUGAAUCAUCAACAGGGAAGAAAUGUGGGAAAGGUCCACCUGAAAAACAGCAUGAGUUGUUGACUGACAGACCUGAGGAACCUCCACAGUUUCUGCCAACUCCUGAUCUUGUGGUUGACCAUCAGCGGCUCAAGAAUCUGUUGGAUCGGGUGGUUUUGAAGAGUGAAGGCUUCAGUGUGGAUCAUCUAGAGAGACUCUACUCUGUGCUCAGCCAGUGCAUUUACCAGCACCGCAAAGAUUACGACAAGACUCGCCUUAUAGAGGCGAUGGAGAGGCAAGUUCAGCAUUUCGAGACAUUCCUGUGUUGAAAAGAGGGCUUUCAGCGAGAGACGUAAUCAGAAACUAUUUUAGUACUCGAGGGAGAGGCCAGUGUUCCAAGCCAAGUUCCAAACACCGAGUUGGUCUGGACAUCUCGGUCUUAAAUGACAAUGGGGAAAAAAAAGGUGCAGACAAUUGAAACAAAGGCUUACCUUGGUGCUAUCAUCUCAGGUACCUGGACAGAACCAGUCUACAGAACCAAACACAAAAACUCUGUAGAUUUAAUUUUUCUUUCGUUUGUUUCAUAAACUCACAUACAUGCCAACUGCUGAUGAUCGUUCUUGGUGCUAUUGGGUGCUAUUGUUUUUUGUCUGCUGCUCUUCAUUCUCCUCAUAAACAAGCAAACAAAAACACAGACAAACAGUACAAAACAAUAUUUUGUUAUGUCACAGUGUAACCUCAGCCUCCGUCUACUGGAAGCGAACACACACUUGCAACACAGAUUCUCACCAGCAGUGGCAAAACUGUAUAAGGAUGGCGUGAGGCCCUAAUGGUCGAUUCAGUUGGUCAUUUACUGUGGAAACAAACUACAUAACCCAUUUUCUACAUUCACCCUCUCCUUGUUAUGACCCAUGUGAUGUCACACCUUGGCAUCAUUAGUAUAACAAAAACAUUCUAGGAACUUUGUGACAAAUUAUACUGCAAGAUUGUAAUUGUUUUCUACUGGAUGAUAAUUGUAAGAUUCCACGGCUUCUGUAUUAUGAAGAUUUUCUAGUGAAAAAUGUCCUCCUAUUAAUACUAUUUUUCCCCUUUAAACCGUUUUAAUAGAAAACACACUAAAAUAAAUUGAGUUUUAAAAUGUUAGUAGUAUAAAAUAGAUCUUUAGGCGAAAUAAAGGAAAUGUACGACUCAUUGCAUAUUUUCCCUUUAGGGCUAGUUCAUAGUUUUGUUUUUGCCAUUUUCUUCCUGGUAUAACUGGAUUUAAAACUAGAUAUCUUUCGAUUGCACUGCCUAGCAUGUGCCUUAACCCCUAAAGUAGUAUCUUACAAACUAAUGAACAUCCCAAACGUAUACGUUUUUGUGACAAGCCACUCUCCUGCUGCUUUCGAAGUAUAUAUUGACCAGGAUCCACGACCGUCUUUGUUGUCUUGCAGUUUUAGAUACUUGAUGUGUUGUAGUGAAAUCGUAUGCCAAUCUUUUCUCAACGUCUCACGUCUUGUCUCCAUGGUUUGUGUGCAUCAGGUUUCUUGCCCAAAUCAGUGGCACGUUGUGAUUUUCUUUCGCAAUGAAAUCACAAAUAUGGAGUAAAAAGAAUGCAGCUGUUUUUAGCAUGAAAAUAAUUGAAGGAAAGGUUGGAAUGGCAGUCUAGGCAGUGCUUAAUUUUUUUACAUAAGCAUUACUUUUUGUGUUUGUUUUUUACAUUUUAGUUCGUCCUUUAUAGGGUUUACUUUUUUGCUAACUUGUACAGUCUAAUAUUGUGCUAAAUCCUUAGUAGUUAUUAUCUAAUUAAAGGGUUAGUUCACCCAAAAAUUACAAUUCUGUCAUUUUCUCAUCUCAUUCCAAACCUGUAUGACGUACUGUCUUCUGUGGUCACCAUUCACUUUCAUUGUAGAGACAAAAGGUGACUAAGGUUAACAUUCUUUUGAACUGCUUUCUUGUGCACUGGAAGAAAGUAAUAUGGGUUUGAAACAGCAUGAGUAAAUGACAAAGAUGUUUUUAACCAAACAUUUUUGGUUGAACUAUACCUUUAAUAAAAUGAUUUCAGUCCAAUUUUGACAGUGUAAGUAGCAUUAACCAAGUUUGAUUCAUCUUGUCCUUGUCUAGGAUUGGGUGCUGUAAAUGAAAAGGAUAAAAUAGAAAAAAAAAAGGAAAAAAAAAACACUCUUUCAGACAUAUGCAAGGAAACAAAAUAAGAGAUAGCUUUGGACUACUGCAGUACGUUUGAGAGAGACAGAACCACAGCUACCUCUGCAAGUUGUUUUCAUGCAAAGCGAGAAAAGGGAUGACCUGUUUACUGACAAACAGUAUUUGUUGACCUCUGUAAAAUCACUUCAUCCCUUCAGAAAUUCAAGCUAAGGUACUGAUCACCUCUCGUACGUGAACAACGCGUCAUGCAGCAGUAAUCCUCGGGUGUGUUUGGAUUUUAUCAUUUGUGUUUCGUUUUUGGGUUGUAUUGCUUUUGAGCCGAGAAAUGAAAUGACAUUUUGAUAUUGGUGAAAUGUUUAUGCUAUAUAUUUCAGUUUUUCUACAUUUGCAUCCCAUGAUUAUUGUUUUGAUUUGAUAUUAGUAUUUUUCAACACAGGCCAUUGUCAAGUGGUUGUUUUUCUGUUAUGUCCUAUCUCUAAUGUUUUGCUUUCUCUUUUCAGUCUGCUUCAUUACCGUUGUUGUGGUGUUUCAAGUUUCACAAUAGUAGUCACAUUUUCUUUUUCCUUCGAUUAACUGUCUGUUUGUUAUUUAUUAAAUUAUUGAACAUUGUCUUUUAACAUUCAUAAGUUCAACAUUUUGUAAACCGUUUUUUCUCAGCGGAAACUAAUUGGAAAAUUGUUACACGACUUAUGAAAUUUGUGCCGAGACACGAUGUAGCACAUUUUUGUAGCAGGUGUUUUGUGACGUUCAUCAACAGGGGUUUAACUGGUCUCAGGUCUGCUACAUUCAUGAACCUAUUUAUUCCAUUAAGGGUGGAAAGGCUUCUUUUUUUUAUUUUAAAGUGUUACCAUUUAGGACGAGACUGACGUUUAUGCGGCUAUUGUGCGCUUUAAGGUCCCUCUCCAUCGCCUUAACAUUGGCAUGUUUGCUCAAUGUAGCAUUGGAAAACAAAACUACUGUAUUACUGACCACUUGUGCAUAAACACGUUGGUAUGUUUAUCUCAAAUCUGGAAUAAAACUGUGAACAUUUACAAGUAUUAGUUGACGUUUCAACUAAUUUUCCACUCCAUGUUCACUUAAGUCCCCUGUUCUUUGGUCAUUCGCUAUUUUCACGAAUAAAAUGUUAAUGGUAUUUGAUGAGAUGAUGUAAAUUUGGCCGUAAGUUUAAAUAAAACCUUCAUUAACACAACUUGCAUUUCAAAAACUUUUUUAGCGAUUUAACUCCUAACACUUCAAUCCUGCAUUAAGCUGUUACAAUGGGGGCACGGAAGAUAUACAGUAUGAAUUUCCUUUAGUUGACGCAAGCCUAAAUGUUGCUCUUUUAUUGUUUGAGUGUAGGAAGUCUAUAGAAUAAUAGUAUUUUGCCUAAUUUAGGUGUUAUGAAACAAAACCAACACUUUCAGUGUAAUUACUGGAUAAGUGCAAGAUCAGAAAUAUACAUUACAAUUAAUAAGUCAAUUUUGGAGAGGUUUGUAAAGUAACAAUUUUCUUUGUCAAUAUUUUUAGUUAAUUCCAUCUAAUCAGUAGAUCUAUACUCUUUUACUUACUGAGUUACAAGGGUGAGGGAUUUUUUUUUUUUUUAAAUAACAGAAUUUGACCUUUUUAUUGUACAAAGCAAAACCACACACAUUGUUCUGUUCUUCUUUUGUGAAAGUCCUCUUGGAAAUGAUAUAUUUACUGUAAUUUCUGAAAUAAACUGCUGUGAUAUACUUGAAUAAA